UCCCAUCUAUUUUUCUUUUCAUUCCUUGAGAGAGAGACGCACCUGCUUCCACGAAUCCCUUUCUUCAAUCUCCGUCGUUUUGGGCAAUUUUUCACCAAAAAAAGGACCGCAAGGAGAAGGAAAAACACAGAGGAAGGUCGAUGGUGAUGAUGAUGGCGGCGGCAGUGAGACGAGGUUCAGAAGCCUUUUUUAUUGGGUCCCAGAUUCAGCAAUGCCAAAUGAAAAUAAUGGGUAUGAUUCUUCUUCUAUCUCCAACCACUCCAUCACUGUUGUCUAGCAACCACUCCAACUCCAUUUCUUCUUCUACCUGUACAAGUAGCAGCAGCAGUAGCCGUAACCGUAGAGAUAAACGCAAACACGAUGAUGCUUGCUCUUUUAGAAACAUUGAUGAUGCCCUUGCUUCUUUCAAUCACAUGCUUCAUAGGAAACCCCUGCCUUGUAUUAUCCAAUUCACUAAAUUAUUGUCUGCAAUUGUCAAAAUGGGACAGUAUUACGAUACUGUGAUUUCUCUUACCAAACAAAUGGAAUUAGCUGGGCUCUCUCCUAAUAUUUAUACCCUUUCUAUCUUGAUCAAUUGCUUCUCCCACUUGCAACGUGUUGAUCUUGCCUUCUCUGUCUUAGCCAAAAUCAUUAAACUUGGUCUUCAACCCACUAUCGUCACAUUUACCACCUUAAUCAAUUGGCUCUGUAAAGUGGGUAAAUUUGCCCAAGCCAUGGAAUUAUUUGAUGACAUGGUGGCAAGAGGGUGUCGACCUGAUGUCUACACUUAUACUACGAUUAUCAAUGGCUUAUGUAAGAUCGGGGAAACUGCCGCGGCUGCUGGAUUGCUUAAGAAAAUGGAAGAGGCAGGCUGCCAGCCGAAUGUGGUGACAUACAGUACAAUCAUUGACAGUCAUCGCAAAGAUAGGCGGGUGAAUGAGGCUUUAGAUAUCUUCUCUUAUAUGAAGGUUAAAGGCAUUUCCCCUGAUAUUUUCACUUACAACUCUUUGAUCCAGGGCUUAUGCAAUUUCAGCCAAUGGAAGGAGGCUUCGGCAUUGCUAAAUGAAAUGAGGAGUUUGAAUAUCAUGCCGGAUAUUGUCACCUUCAACGUGCUAGUUGAUACAAUUUGCAAAGAAGGCAAGGUUUCAGAGGCUCAAGGUGUGUUAAAAACAAUGACUGAAAUGGGUGUGGAGCCUGAUGUUGUUACGUACAGUUCAUUGAUGUAUGGAUAUUCCUUGCGGUCGGAAGUUGUUGAAGCUAGAAAGUUGUUUGAUGCCAUGAUAACCAAGGGUUGUAAACCUGAUGUGUUUAGUUAUAACAUCUUAAUUAAUGGAUAUUGUAAGGUGAAAAGGAUAGAUGAGGCCAAGCAGCUUUUUAAUGAAAUGAUUCAUCAAGGCUUAACUCCAAACAAUGUUAGUUACAACACUCUUAUUCAUGGCUUGUGCCAGUUAGGCAGUCUUAGGGAAGCACGCAAUCUUUUCAAGAAUAUGCACACUAAUGGCAACCUCCCAAAUCUAUUUACUUACUCAAUAUUGCUUGAUGGUUUUUGCAAACAAGGUUAUUUUGGUAAGGCAUUCAGACUGUUUCGAGCAAUGCAAAGUACUUACUCGAAGCCUAAUCUGGUGAUGUAUAACAUCCUGAUUGAUGCCAUGUGCAAAUCCGGGAACCUUAGAGAUGCAAGGAAACUGUUUUCAGAACUCUUUGUCAAAGGGUUGCAGCCUAAUGCUCAGAUAUACACUACAAUAAUAAAUGGACUUUGUAAAGAAGGAUUGUUAGAUGAAGCAUUGGAAGCUUUCCGAAAUAUGGAAGAGGAUGGCUGCCCUCCAGAUGAAAUUUCUUAUAACGUUAUUAUUCGAGGUUUUCUCCAUCACAAGGAUGAAUCAAGGGCAGUGCAACUUAUUGGAGAAAUGAGAGACAAAGGUUUCAUUGCAGAUGUGGGGACCACAGCUUGGUAGAAGAUCUGUUUUCUAAUGAAGACAAUCUUGUUCUGAAGAAGUAUCGAGGCUUAUGUGAAGUUCGUCAAGGUUAAAAGGUGAUGUAAAUUUUUAUUUCUCUAUGCUGCAAAUUCAUGUGGAAAAUAGUAAGUAAUUUUUCCUCAACGUGUAAGUUAGUUUUUAGUUCAAUCAUGUCAGCAUUUGAACAAUGACAUUAGUUACUUGCUACCACAUAAUUGGAAUUGAUAAACUAAAUGUUCAUCUUGAUGAAUGGUUGUGGUCGUACAUUGAAUCAGAUUUCUAUAUAAUAUUUUCAGUAGCCAGCAAAAUGUUGUUGUUAUGCAAUCCGCCUGCAAGAUGUUUACUAAAAAGAUCAUUGCCUUUCGAUCUUUUGUGUUGCUGAGCUUCACUGAUAUUUUGAGUCUGUGAAGAUCUAUAUUGUCCUCUUGAGCUUCUUUUUUUUCUUGAGUCUGUUUGUGUGUGAAUGAUCAAUUAUGGGAAUUUUCAGAUACUUAGGAAAGGAGAUUCUAGUAGAUCUAGGUAGCUGAUUUUUUAUUUAAGGAAUUUUUUAUGAAUUAUUCAUAGAGCUAGAUGUACAAACUUGUGCUGCGGAAAGUAUUUUAUGAUAGCAUGCAGUUCAGGGAACUGUUAUGCUCAUAUCUACUUUACAAGAAAGCUUUUGAGCUGGGAUAUGAGAGGUCUACGUUGUUAUGCUUUAGUUUGUAAGAAAAGUCUGAAAAAAAUGUAGUGCAUAAUUCAUCUUCUUCUAUGCUGAUUUAUACAGCAAGGUUUGAUGGAAUUGAUCAGAAAUCAUUGACAUAUUUGAAUUUGAAUGUUAAAGUAUGGUCUUCCUUGUAUGUCAAUUAUUGGUGCUUUUGGAGGUUCUUGUAAGUAGCGUUUGGUGAAGAGACAAAGAUAGUGGAGAUAGAGGGGACAUGUCCCAUGUACCUAUUGAUUUGAAAGGACAUGAAAUUACUCCAAAACUAUCCCAAAGAUGGAUUUAUUUUAUAUCUCUGUCCUUCCAACCAAACACUUACCUAUCCUUUUUGUAUUUGUCCUGUGACACUAAAUGGUUUGGUUGAUGUGCUUGUUGCUGUUAUAUUGUCAUGGUUCCAAAUAUUCCAAGCUGGUUUCGAUGAAAAUCAUAGUCCUUGAACGUGGAAGUGAACGGCCCAACCUAUUGAACAUGGAGUGAACAGCCCAACUUAUGAAACAAGUGUGACCCCAUAGUCAGUGAAAAGAACCAUGCUUUGAAAGUGGCAGUUCAGUGAAAGGCUAAUUGUUGGAUCAGUUGAAUGCUUUAUUUAUAGAACUGGAAUUUGCUGCUGAUACUUGCAUUGUAUCUAGAUCGUGAAAAGAAACUUCUUUAAAACAAGUAGUCCCUUAGGUUGUCGCUUAGGAUCCAUGUGUCAUACUUACUGUUUUUGAAACUUCUUGAAGAAAUGUUCUUUACAGUAUUUGAAAUUUGCGAAUAUUGGUGGGUACUAGACACCCUGUGGAGGCUCAAUUUUUCUCAACAAUUUGGAAAGCAAGUAUAGUGCUUAUUGGAUACUGCCUGGGCUAAUUUAUCUACAUUACACAAAAAAACUAAAUGGGCUCAUGGUUUCACUAUACACCCAGAGACAGAAUCACUGUGGAUUCAAAUAGUGGCUGGCUUCCUCAAUUUUUCUUCUCAUUCAUGGGUGUCUUCUUCUUGAAGCGGAGCCUGCUUGCAAUUUGUGCUUUUCGAGGACUGGGUUUUUUGGGGAUUGUGUGCAGCUCCUCGAUUCCUGCGGCUGCUUAAUUUUCUUUGAUUUGACGUGGGACUGGGGGUUCUACGCUGCCCUGUGAUAGUUAGCUUGUUCUGUGUUUUGUCCCUUUUUUCAGCACAGUAGGGUCUUGCCAUUGGGACAAAGAAGAAAAGGGAGGAAAAAAACCAUUGCAAGCAUGCUCCCAAGUCACCCAAAGAAGAGAAGUGAAUCGAGGGGAAAAAACUCAUUAUACUGUGUGAAUCCACAGCAACAACAAGUCUAUGUAUAUAGUUUGGUUAAGAGAAGAGUAGAGAGGGUGGUUGGAUUCAGGAAUGCCUCAACAACCAGGGAGAGCCGUUAAUCAGAAGGGGCCAAUGGUUUAGGGUUUGUGAUUUGUUUUAAAAUUGGGAAUUGGGGUUUCCUUGAUUUGGAACAACACAGCAAGCAGUGGUAGCCAUCACAGAUUUUCUUGAUCAGGCCAUUAAUGAUUUGGAGACAGAGAAUUUCUUGACAGUGGAUUUCAUCCCCUGACUUUUGGAACACACACCUCCGUGCCGUUUCUUUUCAGUGUUUAUACAGGUGUCUUUGCAUGUUGUCAUUUGUUGUGUAUUCUCCUUGGGGUUUUAGAUGCCCUUUUGUGGGGGCCCGGUUCUUUUUCUGUUGAUGAACAAGGUUAAUAUUUGUAAUCUCCUUGAUGUUUUUGAAGUUCUUUUGUUCGGGCCUGGUGUGUUUUUAGAUUCGGAACGAGGUAAGAUAGGGAAGAAGACAAUGCAACGUUCAAUGCUGAUAGCUCAUCGGGGGAUGAUGCCUCAUUCCAGACCAAGGAGGUGGCAGUGUUGGCCAGCUGGUUUGCUUAAAAUGCCUAAAUAGCUUUUCUUUUUCCUUUCCUUUUUUCCCUCUCUUGUGUGGAUUGUUUUCCCUUUUUCUUCUGCAUCUCUUUUUUUUUCCUAUCAAUCAUUGACUAUUUUUCCUUAGCCCGUAGUGGAGUGUAGGCAUUAGACUAGUAUAUACUAUGCUAUCAUGGAAAAAAAAUUUGGGUUGUCCACUUGCUUUGACAAGAUGAAAUAUGAAAGAAAUUUGUGUUUCUAGUGCAGUGGGUAUUAGAUACCACGUGGUCUUUUUGCUUAGCCAUUCUCUUUUUGGCUUGUUGCAAUUAACUUAUUUUAUCCUUAAUGAUCCCAUUUAUCAAAAAAGAAAAAAAAGCUAACUAAAUAUAUAUUAUAGCCUAUAGUGUAAUUCUAAUAGAAAAAGUGAAACCUUUGAUAUUGAAAAUUGGCUUACCUAAAAGAUGAUAAUGAUCCGCUGUUUCUAGCCAUGCCGUGAUGAAAAUUAUGAGUAACGAUUCCUUUGAUAGUUCAUGUUGUUGUAAUGUAUAAUGUGAUGCAAGCUUUGUAUUUGGUUCUGGAUGAUUCUUUCAUGUCUUGUAUUCCAAUAUCUUGCAGAUACCAAGAACAGUUACAAGUGACAAUAAAGGGUCUCCUGCAACUCUUAGAAAAGGCAGGAUGGUGUUGAGAGAUGAUGAUUUUCCAAUGGAUAGCUCAUGGCAAGCCACAAGAAGCAUGUGUCUUUCUCGUAGCUGUAAUUUAGGGUAAGGUUGCCAAUUAUAUGCCGCAGGCAGUCUCAGUCACAGCCUUGGUAUCUAUGGUCAGCUCGCACAGCCGUGUACAGCGUUGUUCUUGAACUGAAAGAAAGCCAAGUACUGUUUUCUUCAUGAUGCUUUUCACGAUAACGAUCCUGAGGAUGUAUCAGACAAGACAUUGGAAAAUAACAGCAGUUUAAGCUCAGUCAAAGAGGAGACCCGUUCUCGAACCCAGAACAUUUUUUUGUUUAUUAUGGCCAUCUUUUCUUCAUGAUGAUUUUCAUUGAAUCAUUAAAUAACAAUUAUUAAACAAGGAAAGGAAAAUCUGCUAUGCAAUUUGAUCAGUUUAAUAAAA